AUGACUAUUGGUAUUUGCAAUCAGCAACUUCUUUUUGUGAGAAUCAACAAUCUUUCGAAUUUUCAAUUUGAUAAUCACCUAACUCUCGAAUCUUCAGCCAGCGAUUUAGAAAUCUGUGCCAUGCAAUGUGAAAUUGAAAGCACAUGUCUCUCUGUUCAGUAUAAUUCCAGCACAAACGAAUGCGUUCUAUUGAGAACUGUACACUACAGUAGCUUAAAAGCUGUACAAGUUGAUGGUUGGAAUUACUUUGUUAGAACUGGAGGGAGAUGUCAAGAAGGAUUCAGUGAUGCCAGAACAUUAAACAUUUGUUUUACCUUUGUUGGUAAACAUAAGGUUUCUGAAGGCCGUAAAGAGUGCUCCAUUAGAAAUUCCAGUAUCAUAGCUCUCAGGUCAAAUGAAGAAGAGGACCUUCUGGAGAGAUUAAUGUUUUCUUUGUUCGACAACAGUUCGAAGUCAUUUGCAAACAAACCAUACAUCCAAGGUCGAUGGAAUGGAUCACACUGGGUACUAGAUGACGGUAAACCUAUAGAAUACAAUAUAGAGUGGACACCGAGAACAGAUCUCAGUGAAGCUAAUUAUAAUGACAACCUUAGAUAUUUUCCAGGACGUAAUAAGAUUGGAUUCUGCAAUGGUAACUUGAUAAGACCAAUAUUUUGCACGUAUGACAUAAUAUGAAAUUAUUGUUCAA